CCCUCCUCCUCAUAUCUUUUGAAUUUUUCUGCAGUUUCCCCAUUUUCGUUUAUUUCUAUUGCUCUCUUGCUUUCAUUUUUUUCUGGGCAAAUUUCCAGCCUCAUACGCAAAUCAGGCAAACAAACGCGCCUCGCACCAGACAGACGUAAAUCCCAAAAAUCAUUUCCUUUACUGCUCCCUCCACUACCACACUACUGCGACUCUCUUUCAACCCACAAAAAAGAAAAGCAAAAGCUACUCUGACAGGUGACAACUAUUUCCAACUCGCCGGUAAUGUUGUCGGCUUUCUCUGCUCCGGCCUCUCGUCGCCCACACCGGUAGCACCACACUUUUCUGGGUUUUGCGUUUCACCUGCUCAUCAUGCGCGAAACCGAUGCCAGCUUUUGCGCCGGCGGUGUCGCCAAGAAGACUAAACCCGGUGAUUUUGUAGCUCAGGGAGAAGAAAGAGGCGAUGUGUUCAUCCUCCCGCCGUUUAUGGCGGUGAGUGGGGAACCCGCCGCCGCCACUACUACUGCCGAGCAGGUUCUGCCCAACGGAGAUCUGUACACUGGUACAUUCAUGGGAAACCGGCCGCAUGGGACCGGGAAGUAUCUCUGGUCUGACGGGUGUAUGUAUGAAGGGCAGUGGAGGAGAGGAACGGCGAGUGGGAAGGGGAAGUUCUCGUGGCCGUCCGGAGCUACCUAUGAAGGGGAGUUUAGGGCUGGGAGUAUGGAAGGUCAGGGGACUUUCAUCGGAGCCGACGGCGACACCUACCGCGGCUGGUGGUUGGCGGAUCGGAAACACGGCUUCGGGGAGAAGCGGUACGCGAACGGCGACUUGUAUGUGGGGUCGUGGAAGUGUAAUUUUCAGGACGGUGAAGGGAGGUACGUUUGGAGCAACGGGAAUGAGUACGUCGGGGAAUGGAAGAACGGGGUCAUGUCCGGCAAAGGGGUUCUGAUUUGGGCGAACGGGAAAAGGUAUGAAGGGGAUUGGGAGAACGGAAUCCCCAAAGGAAACGGCGUUUUCACUUGGCCGGACGGGAGGAUCUCUUACGCCAGUGGGGAUAACAACUCCUCCUCUCAAGAUUUCAGCAGCUGCAAUGGGGCCCACAACCGGAGAGGGUCGUCUGCCAGCGGGGCUAAUGUCAGUGACCGGAAUCCGAACGUUCCUAGGAUUUGCAUAUGGGAAUCCGAGGGUGAAGCUGGGGACAUCACUUGUGAUAUCGUGGACACCGUGGAGGCCUCGUCCAUGUAUCUUCAAAGGAAUGAGGAUGAAGGGAGCAGUGAAAGCUCAGAGGGAGAUUUCAGCCUUGAUUUACAAAAGAGCCCCUGUCGAUCAGAGGGUGUGGAAAUGAAGAAACCAGGGCAACCAAUAUCGAAGGGGCAUAAGAAUUAUGAUUUGGUUGUCAGUCUUCAGCUUGGUAUAAGGUACUCAGUAGAAAGGCAUGGUUCGAUAAUGCGAGAAUUAAAGAGUGCAGAUUUUGAUCCAUAUGAGAAGUUCUGGACUAGGUUUCCACCAGAGGGAUCCAAAUGCACUCCGGCCCAUCAUGCUCCAGAUUUCAAAUGGAAGGAUUACUGCCCAGUUGUUUUCAAACGGCUUAGGGAUCUCUUUGGAAUCAAUUCAGCUGAAUAUGUGACAGCUCUAUGUUCAAAUGAUGCACUUAGAGAACUCUCUUCCCCUGGAAAGAGUGGGAGUGUCUUCUAUCUAACUCAGGAUGAUCAGUUCAUCAUUAAGACCGUGAAGAAAUCGGAAGUCAAGGUGCUGAUUAGAAUGUUAGCAAGUUAUAACAGACAUGUUUGCCAGUACAAAAACUCAUUGGUGACGAGGUUCUUUGGCGCCCACUGUGUUAAACCUGUUGGAGGUCAGAAGUUUUAACAUAUUGAAAAUGGAAUGUCAGACCCGUUUCAUUGUAAUGGGCAAUAUGUUCUACUCAAAGUAUGGUAUCCAUAGACGAUUUGAUGUAAAGGGGUCCUCCUAUGGACGGUCAACCGAUAAGCCUGAAGGGCAGGUUGAUGAGACAACCACUUUGAAGGACCUUGAUCUCAAUCUUGUCUUUCACCUUCAAAGAUCCCGGUUUGAAAAGCUUAUUAGGCAAGUCAACAAAGAUUGCCAAUUCUUGGAAGCUGAGAACAUAAUGGAUUACAGCCUCUUGAUCGGUGUUCAUUUUUGCAGUAACUUCAACCGUAAUGGUACAAAUGGUGGAUUGUCUCCUGAUGAUAAUUUUGAGAAGAGAGGAGCUCGAGAAUAUUCAGUGUGUGACUCAAUGAUGCCACAAGAGGAGGAGCUGAUAAUGGACGCAGAGCAGACACCACACACUGGUUUAGGUUCAAAUCUUCCAGCAAAGGCAGUACACAUGCCUCGAAUGGAUCACGAUCCGGGCAGCAAAACGUUUGGACAACAGGGUAGUAAGGAAACAUCAAAUGUGAUUCUUUACUUAGGCAUAAUAGACAUUCUUCAAGACUAUGACAUCAGCAAGAAGCUUGAACAUGCAUACAAGUCGUUCCAAGUAGAUUCCACCUCCAUCUCCGCUGUUGACCCAAAGCUCUACUCCAAAAGAUUCCGUUAUUUCAUCAGUAGUAUCUUUUCAGAGGAUGAAGAGGAUGAUAAGUCAUCAUAAACAAGAAUGGAAAUUAAGGGGAUGAAGAAUAAAGCAAACAAUGCUGUCAUCAGAACAAAAACACAAGCACGAAGACCUAUUGAAUGGCGCUUAGCUUUACGGAAAAGCAGGCGGUCGGAUGGUUGGAUGGGAAGACAAACAGCUCAUUUGAUUGGGGGAAGGGGGUGUUGAGGCAAAUUUGUGAAAAGAUCAUUUGUUUAUUUAAAUAGUAUGCUAUAUUGAGGCAUGGGGAAGGUGAGUGUGUUUAUUCCCAACACAAUGGUGUUUCUGGAUAAUAGAUGAUGAAGAAGAAAUUUUGUUUUAGUUGUACAGUAAAAAAAGCUUUGGGUGUGUAGAAAGAGAGGUGACAUUGGUUUUUUUGUAUGUAUUUGGAAAAAUGGUAAAAAUUCAGGGGCUAUUUGCAAAA